AAAAUGACUCCUCAAAGCGCGAUGGUGUUGCUUUCACUGGAUGCUGGAGCAGUCGGCUCGCUUAAAGAUGGAGUCAAUUUCCAGAAAAACCCAGAAGACGGAAAAUGUUACAUCAUAUACAAGACCAGCACAGGCCUUAAAGCCUGCAAGAACCAAUGCAAACACCAGGGGGGCUUGUUCAUCAGGGACAUUGAAGACCUGAAUGGCAGGACUGUUAAGUGCACCAAACACAACUGGAAGUUAAAUGUGUCAACAAUGAAAUAUGUGAAUCCACCUGACAGCUUCUCGCAGGACGAGCUGGAAGUAGAGAUUUUGGAUGAUGGGGGGCUUCAGCUGAUUGAGUUGAGCCCCAUCGACCCCUGGCUGGAUGACCCUCGAGAGCCUCUGGAGCUCCAGGGAGGAGAAGUCAAAGUGACGUACCUGACCCACGCCUGCAUGGACCUGCAGCUGGGGCCAAGGCACUUCCUGUUCGACCCCUGGUUGAAGGGUCCUGCGUUUGCCAGAGGCUGGUGGCUUCUCCACGAGCCUCCAGCAGACUCCCUGGACCGACUGUGUGCAGCAGAUCUCAUCUACAUCAGCCACAUGCACUCGGACCACCUCAGUUACCCCACACUGAAAGUCCUGUCCGAGAGGAGGCCAGAUGUCCCCAUUUAUGUCGGUGACACGACGAGACCUGUCUUUUGGUAUUUGGAGCAAAGUCGAGUCAAGCUGACCAACAUCAACGUCGUUCCGUUUGGAGUCUGGCAAAAUAUUGACGAAGACCUGAGAUUCAUGAUCCUGAUGGAUGGUGUGCAUCCGGAAAUGGACACCUGCAUCAUUGUGGAAUAUAAAGGUCACAUGAUCCUGAACACUGUGGACUGCACCAGGCCAAACGGGGGCCGGCUACCACAGAAUGUGGACUUAAUGAUGAGUGACUUUGCUGGGGGUGCAUCUGGAUUCCCCAUGACGUUCAGCGGGGGCAAAUACACUGAUUCCUGGAAGGCCGAGUUCAUCAGGAAUGAAAGGAAGAAGCUGCUGAAUUACAAAGCUCUGCUGGUCAAGUCCCAGCGCCCGGCCAUCUACUGCCCAUUCGCUGGCUACUUCGUGGAGGCUCAUCCAUCAGACAGAUACAUUAGGGAUACGAAUAUUAAGAACAGGGCCGAGGACCUCAAUGCGCUCAUCAAUAAGCUCGCACCAGACAUCAAGACGUGGACGCCCAAACCAGGAAGUGUUCUGGACCUCGGCCUCGCUCUGAGAGACCCCACCAACAGUGAGGCCAUCACCAAUCCUCCAGCUGGUGCAAAAGUCUACAAGGACAGUUGGGAUUUCGACUUGUAUGUGGAUGAACUUAACAGUGCCAUCAGCAGUGAGAUAUUUAAACAUCCAAGCUGGAUCCGGUUUUAUUACACCUGGGCAGGCUUUCAGAACUACAACCUUGUUGUGCGGGUGGUCGAGACAGAUGAUGAAUUUGAACCCCUGACCGAUGGCUACGACUACUUGGUGGACUUUUUGGAUCUGUCGUUCCCCAUCAAGAGGCCUCACCGAGAGCACUCCUACGUAGAGGUUAAAAACAGGAUUGGGGUGAUGAGAUACGUGGUGCUGCACGGGCGUCUCUGGGACGAUCUGUACAUCGGCUUCCAGAACCGCAUCAGCCGAGACCCGGAUACUUACCACCACAAGUUCUGGAACCACUUCCAGACGGAGUUACCAAUUGACAGGCCAGACUGGGACCAGUUCCUGCAGCAGGAGACCUCCAUGGACGAGCCUGACUCAACACAAGAGGAGCCAAAGUAUUGGAACAACAUUGUAAUGAUAACAACAUUAACAUUGGGUGUCCUUCUGGCUGCCGUAGUUGUGUUUCCAUGGUAAUCUUUCAACUGUAAUGAGUGCAUUAAUUAUUGUUAGUAUGUGUCUUUGCCAAUCAUAUUUUUAUUUUAGUACAGUUUUUGUUGUUGUAAAGCCCAGUUUCACGUUAAAUGUC